AUGGCCAUGAAAAACGAUGACUGGAAUACCGUUCUAUGGCGCCUUGACGAUUCUGACGAAUGGAAUAAGCCAGAGCUCAAUGCUGAAGCGGAAAUAUGGAAUCCAGAAUACCUUGCAACGAUCUCCGAGACUAUCUCGAGUCGAUACAACGAACUCCGCGAGCUCUCUUUGUCAGUCCAUUCUCAUCCUGAAUUGGCCUUCGCGGAACACAAGACCCAUGACAUUCUGGUUGAUUUCAUGAAGAAGCAGGAAGGAUGGAAAGUGACACCCAACUUUGAAUUGUCUACCGCUUGGCUUGCGACAUAUGCGAGUCCCGAGGCGAAAGAGGAUACCAGGGUCAUUGGAAUCAAUUCUGAGAUGGACGCUUUGCCAAAAAUCGGGCAUGCGUGUGGGCACAAUCUAAUUGCAAUUGCAGGGGUCGCUAUUGCACUAGGAAUCAAGGCGGUAUUCGAGAGACAUCGUCUCCCAGGAAAAAUUAUCCUCUUGGGUACUCCAGCAGAGGAGCGAGGCCACGGAAAACUACAGCUACUCAAAGCGGGAGCCUACAAACAGAUGGCGGCUUGUCUGAUGGUACAUCCAGCUCCCGGCCCUAGGAACACAAUCUCCUUGACUAGUUGUCUGGCGCUCAAGAAGAUUGAAGCAGAGUUUUUCGGUUGUGCUGCUCAUGCUGCCUUGUCACCUUGGGAAGGGAAGAAUGCUCUCGAUGCGGCGGUCCUUACAUAUACCAACAUUGCCUUACUUCGCCAGCAGGUGCCCUCGGCCUGUAGAAUCCAUAGUAUCUUUGAAGGACAAGAUUGGGCACUAAACAUUAUUCCGGCGUACGCUAAAUACAUAGCAGUGGUUCGCGCACCGACACGCGCUGAGCAGGAGGAAGUAAUGAAGAAGGUCUUGCCCUGCUUUGAAGCAGCUGCGAAAGCCACUGGUUGCACCAUGAAAGUGACGGUUCAUGACGGGACGUACGAUUUGAGGCAGAAUGUUGGGUUAGGUAAAGAUAUUGAAAGGACGUUCGGAGCUAAGUAUGGGAGAGUAGAGAGGGAAAGAUGGGGGAUUAAGAGUGCGAGCACGGAUUUCGGCAAUGUUGGAUAUGAGCUCCCUUCAUUGCAUCCUGGAUAUGCAAUUCCUACCGUUCCUGAUGGCGGAAAUCAUACCACCCACUUUACCUCUGCUGCUGCAACGGAAGAAGCUCAUCGUGCAACGUUGGACGUUACUGAGGCCCUUGCAUUGACUGGAGUGAGAGUUGUAUUGGAUCAGGAUUGGUACGAAAAGGAAGUGUGGUCGACGUUUGAGGCCGACAGAAGCAGGAGGGAACAAGGGAUCAUUGGUAUUGCUUAA